AUGGCUGGUCAAUCAAAGCCUGCCCUAUCUCCGUGGGGCAGCGCCGUUGCGGGUGCCACUGGAGCGGUUCUGGCUAAUGCAAUGGUCUACCCACUUGAUUUGUAUGAAACCUCUUCUUUGGAUUUUCAAAAGAAACCAAUACUAACCACUGCGGGGAACCUUAGGGUCAAGACGAAGCUCCAAGUUCAGGUGAAGAAGGCCGGCGAAACAGAAGAGAAGGGCUCGGACGAUGUACACUACAAAUCAACUUGGGAUGCGAUCGCGAAGAUUAUGGACAAAGAGGGUAUUGAGGGACUAUAUUCGGGCAUGACUGGCUCCCUUAUUGGCGUCGCCUCGACCAACUUCGCCUAUUUCUACUGGUACAGCGUCGUGAGGACGCUCUAUAUGGCAUCGGAACGUGUGCCCAAGCCGCCAGGGACAGCAAUCGAGCUCAGCCUUGGUGCAGUUGCCGGUGCCGUUGCUCAGAUCUUCACCAUUCCCGUUGCCGUCAUCACUACGCGCCAGCAGACACAACCGAAGGGUGAUAAGAAGGGCUUGAUUGAGACCGGGAAGGAGGUGGUCAAUAGCGAGGAUGGAUGGUCCGGUCUAUGGAGGGGCCUUAAAGCAAGCCUGAUCCUCGUCGUGAAUCCUGCGAUUACAUAUGGUGCCUAUCAGCGUCUGAAGGACAUCAUCUUCCCCGGGAAGAAGAGCCUCAGGCCAUGGGAAGCAUUCCUCCUCGGUGCUCUUUCCAAGGCCAUGGCCACUAUUGCAACCCAGCCGUUGAUUGUUGCCAAGGUUGGCCUUCAGUCGCGCCCUCCUCCUGCCCGCAAUGGAAAACCAUUCAAAACCUUCAGCGAGGUUAUGCGUUUUAUUGUGCAGAAUGAGGGACCUCUGUCCCUGUUCAAGGGUAUUGGGCCGCAAAUUUUAAAAGGCCUCUUGGUCCAAGGUCUCCUGAUGAUGACGAAAGAAAGGAUGGAACUUCUCUUCAUUGUUCUAUUCGCAUACCUCAAGAACCUCAGAGAGAAGAAGCUUCGCAAGGCCGUUGAUGCAGCGGCUUCCAAGGCUCAAGCCAGCCUUCCAGCGACUCUGAAAUAG